AUGGCGCGUCUCGGCCGCGUCGGGUUCCUCGCCCUCGCGGUGGUCUUCCACCUGAUCUAUACAUAUUCGAUCUUCGACAUCUACUUCGUGAGCCCCAUCGUGAGUGGCAUGCGCUCAUAUGGCGUCGAUCGUCCUGCAGAUACCCCAGCCCCCGCCCAACGCCUCGUCCUCUUCGUCGCCGACGGCCUACGCGCCGACAAGGCCUUCCAGGCAUUCCCCGAUCCGGCUCCCGAUGCGAAAUCCGAUGAAUUGAUCCGCCUGGCGCCGUUCAUUCGCGACAAGGUCCUUUCGCAAGGUACAUUCGGAGUCUCCCAUACCCGUGUUCCCACUGAGUCGCGGCCCGGCCAUGUUGCGCUUAUUGCGGGCUUAUACGAGGAUGUCUCGUCCGUGACAACGGGCUGGAAGCUGAACCCUGUCAACUUUGACAGCGUAUUUAAUCGCAGUCGGCACACAUGGAGCUGGGGCAGUCCGGAUAUCUUGCCCAUGUUCAAGGAGGGUGCUGUUCCGGGCCGUGUGGACGCGGACAUGUAUGCGGAGGAGGCGGAGGAUUUUAGUAUGGACGCGACGCAUCUGGAUACGUGGGUGUUUGACAAAGUUCAUGAGCUAUUUGAGUCUGCCAAGAGUGAUCCGGAGCUGAACCGCAAGCUGCACCAGGAUAAGCUGGUUUUUUUCCUGCACUUGCUGGGCUUGGACACCACCGGCCAUUCUUUCAGACCCUAUUCCAAGGAGUAUCUUAACAACAUUAAGAUUGUGGACCGGGGUGUGCAGGCGGUUACAAAAUUGGUGGAGGAUUUUUAUGCCGAUGAUAAAACUGCCUUCGUCUUCACUGCAGACCACGGCAUGAGCGAUCUGGGCAGCCACGGCGAUGGGCACCCAGACAACACGCGCACUCCCCUGGUAGUCUGGGGCUCCGGUGUGGCACAGCCGCAGAAGACUACGAAGGGUUUAGCACCCGGACACGAGGAUGGCUUUUCAUCGGAUUGGGGAUUUGACCAAAUUCAACGCCACGACGUCGCACAGGCUGACAUCGCCGCGCUCAUGGCCUAUCUGGUUGGCGUCGACUAUCCCGUCAACUCUGUCGGCCAAUUACCUCUGGACUACCUUGAUGCUAGUUCCAAGGAGAAGGCACUAGCUGCGCUGGCCAACACGCGCGGCGUGCUGGAGAUGUAUCGCGUCAAGGAGGAGCAGAAGCGGACGGCGGUGAUCCGCUACGUGCCCUUCGAGCCGUUGUCCGGUGAUGGCGAAACCUCUAUUGAAGGCCGUUUUGCGAACCUGGAGGCGCUCAUCUCCAAUGGCGCUUAUGAAGAGUCCAUUGUCAUGUCGUCUGAGUUGCUGGUUCUGGGUCUUGAUGGUCUGCGCUAUCUGCAGACGUAUGACUGGCUUUUCCUACGGACUAUUGUCUCGUUGGGAUACCUGGGCUGGAUCGCUUAUGCGUUGACUACGGUGAUUGACCUGCACGUUUUGCAUGGGACUUCGGACUCUCAUCGAACGACGGCGAGCAUUUCCCUCUUUUCUUCCAUCUUGGUGGUCCUGUUCUCUGUUUUCCUGUACCAAGGCUCAUCAUGGCGGUACUAUUUCUACGGAUUCUUCCCUGUCUACUUCUGGGAAGAGGUCUUUGCCCGCCGCAAGGCACUCAUUGCUGGCCGGCAGAUUGUUCUUGGUCACGUUCACUCGUUUUCGGGGUAUCUGAGCUUUGGACUACAGGUACUGGCAUUCCUCGGUGUGCUGGAGGCCCUUGUUCAAUCCUACUUCCACCGGGAGAUUCUCACCGUCUGCUUUGCUCUAGGAGCUCUGUGGCCUGCAGCCUACGGCCUCAGCUUCGUCCGCAAUCACGCCUUCUUGACGGCGACAUGGGCCCUUGGCUGCUGUCUAAUGAGUACUUUUACUCUGCUACCGGUUGUGAAAAUCGAGGAUGUCACCACUAUUACUUACGGUGGCCUCCUCAUGCUCCUCACUGGCAUCUUGUACUUGCUCUUUGAGGACGCCAUCAUUGGCCACAGCUCCACUAAGAGUACUGGCAGUAUCAACACCCUUGGAUCACGGAUGAUCAUGGGCGUGCAGGUCGGGAUGGUGCUCCUCGCUUUGAUCGUCACUCGAUCAAGCGUUGCCUCUCUCCAAGCCCGUGAGGGUCUGCCAUUUGGCAACCAAGUAGUUGGGUGGUUUGUUCUGACGGCGUCGCUUUCACUGCCAUUCUUCCACCGAAUAUACCCCAACAGCCACUACCUGCACCGCCUCAUGGUCAUAUUCCUGACCUUCUCCCCAACAUUCAUUAUCCUCACCAUCGCCUGGGAGGGAUUAUUCUACUUUGUGUUCUGCAUGACUCUCGUUACAUGGGUCCGACUCGAACACGCCAUCUACGUGCACACAUCCCGCUCGACAGCCAAGUCCAACGGCGCGGCUUCAUCAAGGCCUGCCCCAGUCAACACAACAACCGUCGACGGCCGAACAUAUCAUUACCGCGCCCUAACACUAUCAGACACCCGCGUAGCCCUAUUCUUCUUCUUCCUGCUCCAAUCAGCAUUCUUCAGCACCGGCAACGUCGCCUCCAUCUCCACCUUCUCCCUCGACAGCGUCCGCCGCCUCAUCCCCGUUUUCAACCCCUUCUCCCAGGGCGCCCUCCUCAUCCUGCAAAUCUUGAUCCCCUUCGCCAUCAUCAGCGCAAACCUGGGCAUCCUCAAUCGCCGCCUCGAAGUCCCGCCCAGCGCGCUCUUCAUGGUCGUCAUGUCCAUUUCCGACGUGAUGACGCUGAACUUCUUCUACAUGGUGCGCGACGAGGGUUCCUGGCUCGAUAUCGGUAUGACUAUCAGUCACUUCUGUAUCGCCAGCGCCCUGUGCAUCUUCGUGGCGGGACUGGAGUUCCUGAGCGAGCAGUUCGUUAGCGGUGUGGAGUUUGGGCCUGCGCUGAAAUCCGUGGCGCAGGCUGUUAGUGAGUCUGUUGAAUGUGGGCACGAGAAAGAGGAUGUGAAGGUGGCGUCGCGUGCUAAGGGCAGCAAAAAGGACCGUCGUGGUGCCAAGGGUAGGCAAUAG